AUGGUUAAUGACACUGCGUCUAAACCUUCAAAUUAUGGCAGUACCGCACUUAAAAAUGUCUAUCCAGAUUGGUUUGCUUUCUUAGAAAAUGAUAAUGGAAAAUUUGGGUUUGAAAUUAGUGACACCUACUCCACAAAUUCUAUGUUAGCAAAGCGCAUAGAUAUAAGAAUUUGUACCCAUUCUGCUAAUAAUGCUGGGGUAUGCUUAACGGGUGGUGCUUUCGCUUAUCAAGUACUUAAAGACAUAGCCAAUGGUAUCAAGAGUCUACUGAACCAAAAUAAUUGCCAUUCGGACUUUGCAACCAUUCAUGUUUAUAAUGGCAUUAACGUGUACUGGCAAGCUGGUGAAAUUACUGGGGCUUGUGAUACAACUGCUCUCACGUCAACAAUUGAAGGUUCGCUUGAUGAGCAUGUGGGGAAGACAAAUGGUAAGAAAAUAUGUGCAUUCCAGUGCUUAAAAUUAACACAUGGUGGAAAAUGGACCUUUUAUCUUAAGUUUGGUACGGACAGGUAUUUAGUUCAGAACACUGGUUGCAGUAGCAAAUCAGGUGAAUAUUUUAGCUGUACAAGUGGAGGUGAAAACAGUGUAGGUAAGAAUUUAUAA